AUAUGCCAAUGUACAUACUAUGUGAAUGCUAUCCCUGGGCUGUCUGGUGUUUUCACCUACACAUUCAAUGUACAUGUAUAUGUUCUGGCAGGUAUACCUGUACAGUACUUAUACAUGAAUGCACACCUGAUGUGCACUACAUCUUGGAGAAACAUUUGUUUUCACUCGUCAGCUUUGAUGGAAGUAUCAACUUGACGGUCGGAAAUUUUAUUGGCUUGUUCUGGCAAAGGACACAGUAAUUGUCUACUGUAAAAGGAAAACAUGGCGGAUGAGGAUGUUGAAGAAGCUGAAAAGAGGAGACGAGCCAGCACGGAUUCUGUAGGCAAGAGAAAAGUCAGUCUUGAUUUUGGCAAGCGGAGGGGAAGUUUAUCUUUUGCUAGGUGGUUCCGCAGAGACAAAGAGAAAAUUGAUGAGAAUGAUGUGGUUGUGGAUCAUGGCAUCCACUAUCAUCAGCCCCAACAUCCAGUGGAUGAACAGGACAGUGCAGGGCAUCGUGCUGUCUAUGUUGGGGUUCAUAUGCCCCUUAAGCCCAGACAUCACCACAGACAUCACAGGCAUAAACAUCAUAAACAUAAGAAGAAUGGCUUAGAUGAAUCGGAUUCCAAUCAAGACAUCGGCCCGUCAUCUGAGACACCAUUGCUGAAAGAAGAAAAGCAAGAGCAACCACCUCAGCAGAGAGUGAAGUUCAUUCUCGGUGAUGAAGGCGAUGAGGAACAUGUAUCUCAUGAAGUCUUCACAGAAUUGGAGGAGCUGACUGUAGGUGGUGAUGGAGAAGAGUCAUGGAAAGAGAUGGCAAGAUGGAUCAAGUAUGAGGAAGAUGUGGAUGUUGGAGCAGAUAGAUGGAGUAAACCUCACAUUGCCACACUACCUCUACAUAGUCUGUUUGAACUCAGGAGUUGUCUGAUGACAGGCACCGUGUGCUUAGACAUGGAAGCAGAAGAUCUCUUACAGAUUGCAGAUAUUGUGCUAGACAAAUUGAUUGCAUCUAACCAGCUGGAAGAGGAAAAGCGUGACCAGGUGCGAGAGGCUCUCUUGCGGAAGCAUCAUCACCAUGGACAGAAGAAACACAGAGAGAAACGGGGGAGCAGUAUCCUACCCAUGAUACGUUCACUGACUGACAUUGGUAGGAGUCUGUCUGGAUCUGCAGGCUAUGGUAGCAGUAUGGAACAAGGAGCUGAGGCAUCAGUUCAAGGCCACAUAGUUGGAGCUGCCAUUCAUGCUGCCAAUAUGCAGGCAUCAGGAGCAUCCACACCUAACUUCAUGCAUCACCAUCACAACUCAGGCACCCACCUGUCUGUAGAAGGCAGCGAAGAGGCUUCGAGGAAAGACAGCAGUGCAUCAGCAAGUAAUCUCCCUAAAGUGGCUAGUGCUACAAGUAUGAAGGCGAGGAGCAACUUCAUGCGCAAGAUUCCCCCUGGGGCUGAGGCCUCUAAUGUCCUGGUUGGUGAGGUGGACUUCCUGUCUCGUCCUAUCAUAGCGUUUGUCCGGCUGGCACAGUCUGUCCUCCUAGAGGACCUGACAGAGGUACCUAUCCCAACCAGGUUCCUCUUCAUCAUGCUGGGUCCCCACUGUGAAGAAGAGACCAAGUACCAUGAGAUCGGUCGCUGCAUUGCCACACUCAUGUCAGAUCCGGUCUUCCAUGGUGUCGCCUACAAAGCCAAGACAGUAGAGGACCUGCUGGCCGGUAUUGAUGAGUUCAUGGAUCAGGUCACAGUCUUACCUCCUGGUGUUUGGGAUCCAGACAUUCGCAUUGAGCCACCUAAAACAGCGCCAUCUACAUCCCAUCGGCUAAGCAGUAUCCAACCAGCUAAUGGCCACAUUGAAGGAUGCGAGGAAGAGAAGAAACAUGAAGGAUUGGAUUUCACUGGAAGACCAUUUGGUGGGCUUGUUGCAGAUGUUAGACGUCGACUUCCACACUAUCUGAGUGACUACAAGGAUUCUCUUCACUUACAGUGUCUUGCCUCCAUCUUCUUCAUGUACUUUGCUUGCAUCACUCCUGUCAUUACAUUUGGUGGGCUGCUUGGCGAAGCAACUAACAAUCUCAUGGCCACAUUAGAAGGUCUACUCGGGUCAGCCAUUUGUGGAGUUGGAUUUGCAUUGUUCUCAGGCCAGCCACUGACUAUUCUUGGGAGCACAGGCCCUAUUCUCAUUUAUGAAAAAAUCCUGGUUGCCUUCUGCCAGUCAAAUGAGCUGGAUUACCUGUCAUUUCGCUUUUGGAUCGGCUUGUGGACUUGCCUGAUGGUUGUCAUCCUGGUGGCCUGUGAUGCCAGUGCUAUGGUCAAAUACUUCACACGCUUCACUGAGGAGAGUUUCUCUAGUCUGAUCUCUUUCAUCUUCAUCUAUGAAGCCAUCCACAAACUCGUCAAAAUUUAUGAAACUAACCCAGUGGAAAAAUGGUCCAAUGAGACUGCUGUAUAUGAGUGUGACUGUGUGGUGGAGAAUUCAACUCUAGAUUGGUUGGACAAAAAGACAGAUGAUUGUGAUAAGAUCAAUGGCACAGCUAUGGGCAAUUACUGCGAUCUCCAUGUACCAAAAAAUGAUGUGUUUCUGAUGUCUGUCAUCCUGAUGCUGGGCACAUUCGCCAUAGCUUUCAGCUUAAAAAAGUCACGCAAUACACCGUAUUUUCCAACAAUAGUUCGCACAACAGUAAGUGAUUUCUCAGUAUUUUUGGCUGUUCUAAUAAUGAUUGGAGUUGAUAUCCUGUUUGGAGUAAACACACCUAAACUUCACGUCCCAAGCACCUUCCAGCCCACAUCCUCGGAGCGGGAAGGCUGGCUUGUCCCUCCAUUUGGAAAGAACCCAUGGUGGACAGCACUAGCUGCGUUUCUACCAGCCCUCCUGGCUCUCAUACUAAUCUUCAUGGAUCAGCAGAUAACUGCAGUCAUUGUCAACAGAAAAGAAAACAAACUCAAGAAAGGAGUUGGCUACCAUUUAGACCUUUUGGUGGUUGGAUUGUUACUGGGUCUGUGCUCUAUUCUGGGCUUGCCAUGGUUUGUAGCAGCGACCGUCUUAUCUAUCAAUCAUGUCAGCAGUCUCAAAGUGGAGUCUGAGUGCAAGGCUCCGGGGGAACGACCUAAGCUGAUUGGCUGCAGAGAGCAGCGAGUGACAGCAUUGAUUGUAUUCAUUCUGAUUGGUUUAGCUACACUCAUGACUUCUGUUUUAUCGCUUAUUCCAAUGCCUGUGUUAUAUGGGGUCUUUCUCUUCAUGGGUAUCUCCUCAUUAGCUAAUGUGCAGUUUGUGGACCGUUUACAGCUGUUUUUCAUGCCCCCCAAGCACCAGCCAGAUUAUAUCUACCUUCGUCAUGUUGGACUCCGCCGAGUACAUUUGUUUACAGCCAUCCAGCUGUCAUGUCUUAUCAUCCUCUGGGUCAUCAAGUCAACUGAUGCAGCUCUGGUGUUUCCCAUCAUGGUGCUGGCUGUUGCAAUUGUGCGUAAGUUGAUGGACCAUGUCUUCUCUCAACGUGAACUGGAGAAUUUAGAUGAUGUGAUGCCUGAAAUUGUCAAGAGAGCUAAGCAUGACCAGAGGAAGGCUGCCGAAGAAGAAGUAGCCAAGACUGGGGACGCCAUCGUUGACGGCCGUGUUCAGCUACCACUCGCUGGAGGCAAUGUCCUGACAAUACCUGUGGACAAGGUGCAAUUCCAUCACGAGUCCGGCACCCUUAACAUCUCAGAAGAGAUGGCUAAGACUGGUAUCUGGAAGACAUUAGCAUGCAACGCUAGGGAGAAAGCAGCAGCGGCCGAACGCAAGAAAGCCAGUGGAAGGGAUGAAACCGAUGCAAAGAAACGGAUGCAUGAUAUGCCACUCAAGCAGGAGAAGUUCAGUCCUGACACUGAGAAACUUCCGACCAUUGAUGAUGAGGAGGCAGCUACUAUUCCCUACCGACAGCCGACAGGCAGCAUAUCUGGCGAGAUCACCUUCAGUGUGCCCAAGUUUACGGUGGGCGGUGACAGCGAAACAUCUGUGUAAUCAUACCAAAGUCACGGCUCAGAGUUCAUUGCGCCAUGGGAUCACAACAGUCUCAAUAUUUGGGGUUGAUUAUGCCGAGUCCAUUUAUAUUAGACUUGUACUGAUUUAAUAACCUUGAAGAGAUAAACGGUUAAAAAAUUGGACUUGGUUUGCAAAAUUUGAGUUGGCUGAGAAGCUCAUCUCAUUAUAUAUUCAUAUUUCGUGGAAUGUCAUCUUUUUGUUUGUUUGUGAUUAUAAACAAAAUUUACAUUUUUUUCUUUCUACUUAAGAUUGGAUUUUGUUUUGCAUUUUUUUGCCAAAACUGUUUGGUUUAUUCACACAGGCUUUAAAUCCACACUUCUAUGAGUCCAGUUUGAAACUUCAUAAAUGUGUGGGUUCAGAGGGAUUAAAAAAAUCAAACAUUCUUAAGUUGUGAAGUGAAAAAAAUUGAUACAAUGUAACAAAAUGGCAGAGAAUAUUGGCCCAGAGGCUAUCAUGGUGGCUGGUCUGAAAUUUUGGAAUAAGUGUAUAAAUGCCAGUAUCAUGAUGUAAGUCAUUUUUGUAAUGAUAUUUCUGGAAUGCUUUGGUUCUUAUUAUUUUUUCUGUUUUUGUGAGUACUUGAUCACGGUACGGGUUUCAUGUCAUGGCCAUUACCAAAAAAAAUAGAAUGUUUAUGAUGGCCAUUAAGGGAGCGUUUUUGUAUAUAAGUUCUUCGACAAUGCAUUUUUUAAUAACGUCGGCUUGGGUAUACACUUGUAUAUAUGUACAGGGGACAGAUUAUUCAGUGUUAUUUCCCCAGACAGAGGACUUCAUAAAAGCAACCCAAGAAGUAUAUCUAAGUAGAGUAAAUCUAUAAAAGUAUUAAAUUUUAUUCUCAGUGUGAAAGUGAGAAUGGAUCAGCCCCCCAAAAAAUCCAAAAACAAAAAGGAUGUUUCUUGCGCUAAAUGCAAAGGCAAAGCUUGGACAGCUUGAAGAGAGCAUCAAGUUGAAAAUGAAUAUGGUGGUGUGGCAGAUUGCAUCCAAAAUCGUUUGCCUGACUGUCUACGGUACUUCACUGACACUGGGCAGGUACCUAUGAGAAUACAAACAUGACAGAUAUAAACUAUUGACGUCCAACCCAUUAGCUGUUUAGAUCACUUAGUUAUGUUGUUGAAUUUGGGUGGUGUGGAUAAGUUUUGAGCAAUUCCUGUUUUUGUCCGAAAGAAAUACCAAGAAACUGAGGUAGAUACCUUUAGCAGUGAAAAAUGUAUGCACCGUUUUUGCUGAGAUCUACAUGUAUGUGCAUGUGUGUGUUAUCAGCAUGGGAGUAAAGUUGGAAUAUUCUGCUCUGGUAUUGGGCUUAAUUCCAACUGAUUAACCAAAGUGACAUGCUGAGAAUCCUGUGUGUUGAUGUGUGUCAGAAGCCAUUUUUAAAAUUUGCAUGCAUCAAUCCUUUCUAUACCCCAAACCUGAGUGAUCGAAGUGUGAUGAUACUGUUGAAAGAUCUGUUUUACGUUGUAAGCCGACAUUUUAUUUGAUUUUACUUUUUGUGUGCAAGACUCCUAAAUACUGUUAGACAGCAACUUGCAAUGACUAGAUUUAGUCCAUUUUACCUGUUCAGUUUUUGUUUUAUUUUAUGUCUGAGGUGCAUAAAGUUAACAUUGAACUUUUUAAGCUCAGUGAUUCUGCAGUAGACGACAUACAACACAUUAUUAAAAGUAAUUUUUUAAUGAUUAAAAGUAAUAUUAAGGUAAUGACUUAAAUGAAUAACAUACCAAAUGCAGACAGUUGUGAGGUCUGUAAUGAUGAGAUUGAAAGACAGAGAUUUCUUGUACUUUGUUCAGUACUAUCUUUUCCUCCAAAGCCCUGCUUGAUUCAGUGGAAAACCAAACUUUAGAUAAACCUACAUGUAUUUAACCAAAACUAGAUUUUUGAAGUAUCGCUAAAUUCUUUUGUAUAGAGAAUCUCUUUCCAAGGAAAUUAGCUUUAACUUUGUUUUCAUAGUUGGUUUUGAAAGUACUUGACUAUUGCUAGCUUGCAUUUGAUAGGUUCAUGUCAGUAGCCUUCACAAGUUAAGGUAAUUCAUUCAAAAGUAAUCAAGUACUUUGAGGUGGUUGUCUCAUGUUUGGCUGUCAUACUGUAUGAAAUAAAUAAAUUGCAAACUAAAGUUAAAAUUGUGGAUAUUGUACAAAACCAAGGACAUUUGAACAUACACCUGCUACUUAAAACAUACUUUGACCAUGUCAUCAUGGACUUUGGAUAUUAGGCCAUCAUGAUUUGGUAAAGCAGAAACCGGAUUUAGCCAAGACUGCAUGUAAAAAUGUGUAGUCAUAACUCACUUUAUAUUGUCAAAUGUUCAAAGUCACUGUAGGUGGUUACUGUUAAUAAUUCAAAGUACGUGUAGCAUGUGAGGGACAAUGCCUCAUUGAUUCUUGGCAGUUUUCAACCUUACACAUGGCAAACGUAACUCUUUGGAGAAUGUGCAACGUCUCCAACAUUUUAUUUAUAAAUUCUGUUUGUGUGGCUUGUUUUUAGUUGUUCUGGGUUAGAUUUUUGUCGUAUUUAAAAGUUAAGCCUUAGAAGUAGUUUCAUCUGUCAUUGUACAGGUAUGGAUCCCCACCUUCCUAAGAAAGUAAUGUAAAGAUUCAGGAGUGAGUGUUUUCCUCAAACCAAGUAGACUGUUAUUCAUGCUGUGCAUGGCACGAAGAGCUGUGUUCAUUUUUCAGGAUUUUCAUAGUACAGUAGAAUACCAACAAGUGAAUUACAUUGUAUUGAUGAGAAUGUGUCCAAGAUUUGUUGGCAUGUAAUGUUUAUUACAAACCAUUGUAAUAUUUAUUAACAAACCUAACAACAGAAAAAUGUUGGCCCAUGUUUCAUGUGAAUGGUAGAUAAAAAAUGUUCAAAGUGAAAUUUGCCAAAGUUGGAGUGUCUUCAACAUCGGCCAGUGUGCACCUACAGACUCACUAUGGCAACCCAGAUUCUCAUUUGGUUUCGCUUUUGCAUGGAGUGUCAACUGCCCUCUCUAUCAACUGGUGGUUUCCCUGAUAUCUCUAUCAACUGGUGGUUUCCCUGAUGUCUCUAUCAACUGGUGGUUUCCCUGAUGUCAUAGUGAAUGUAGUCAAAAUUCAUUUUGUGAAGCUGUUAAUUUGUUUUAAAAAUGGUGUAUCAGAGUGGCAACAUUUGGGAGAAAUUAUAACAGUGACAGGUUUAAACUUCUUUAUAAUUAUACCGUCACACUUGUUCUCCAGCCAUCACAAUAAGCCUUGUGUAAUCUGAAAGUUGUGUGUGAAGUCCUUUUGUCAGUUUAUGCAAUGGCAGACAGUAUAUAAGGUCACUAAUGCUAGUUUAAAAUAUGUUUUUGGGUGCUUUUUUGUAAGGACGACAAUUAGUGUAGCAGUCCUAGAAACUGAGCACAUUCUUAAAUGAUUUUUCCCCCCUCAUGAAAAAUGGAAAGUUGAUAUGAAUAUUCUUAAUAUAAACUCCAUGCUGGUAAUAUAGGCCCCAUAGGAUAAAGCCUAGAACUCUUUUGUAUCGGCCAGUAGAAAGAUUAGCUAGAAAUGUGCAAUCCAUAGAGAAGACUGGAAGAUUGGAAAAGUAAGGAAUCCAACAGCGGAAAGCAAUCAUAAUAGACUGAAUUUUGUCUUGUGAUGAUAUUGAGUAAUGUAGAGUCCACAACAGAUGUGCUACCCAGCGACUGCUAUAUUCCUGUGUAUGACUAGGGUAGACACCCCUCUGUAUGGUACCCAGAAAGCCAUAGUCAAACUGAAAGUUCAUAUUAACUACAGGUGUAUAAUGCUCUGAUUUUUCUUUUGAGUGAUCAGAGAAAAGUGGGGACAACUUUUGUGCCCAUUGUGUGAGGUUCCGACUCAAGUGGCUUCACCAGUAAUGUGACAUUUGGUGAAAUAGACCUUAAGGUUGUCAACUGAAUACUUGGUUUUUUGGUCACCACACUGAACAGCCACGGUUUUAAGGUGUAAUAAUAAUUUUUAAAUGUCCAAUGUUAGUGUUGGUGCAUGAGUAAAACGUACAACCCAAUCAAGUCAAUGAAUUGAUAUUGAUGUGUUGGAGGGUCACAUCCAGUAACUGUACCUUACAAAGUAUUUAAUGUUAAAGGUUCAUUGAUUAAUACAGAUCUCUAGUGAAAUGUAGCUAUGCAGAAAUUGACAAUUGAAAUUAUAUGUCUCUCCCUGUACUGCCAGUGGCCCAUAUGCCACGUUUACAGUGAGAAUUGUGCACUCUGACAACAGAGCGUAUGGACUGUGACAGUGAUCUUAGGAAUUUCUGAAUAAUAAUGGAGGAAUUUUGCCAUGGUUUGAGCUUGGGAUAAACAUUGGUAGAAAACCAGUUGUGUCUUGUUUUGUUUUUAUAUUUAUGUGUGGAUGUGAUAUUUUUUAAGUUCCAUUUUCCACCACAGAUUAUCCAUAAUCCCAGUGUGAUCUUUGUUGGGCGGUUUACCAAGCAGACUACCUUGUCUAGACUUUAAACUAUUCAAUCAUAAAUAUGACUUGUUGAAUUGUAUCAUUGCUUGUAUUUGGCCAUUGUAUUGAUAGGGCACCGUGAGGGUGUUGGUAGAGCAGUGUGCUCAGUUCCAUUCUGCUAACUAGAAGCAAAAAGAGAAGUACUCCCACUUGUUUCCCAUGUUGCUAUGUGGAUUCACAUCAUUCUGAAGUUUUUACUGAACAAUUGAACACCUCCUCCCCUGUGUGUAGUGAGCAUCUAACAAAAGUAUGGUGAUUUGCUAUAGUCUAAGAUGGAAAUGCAUGGCAGAUCUUUUGUGCAGCUUUAUAUGCAUGGCACGAAGUUAUGUGGAUAGAGCAGCAAUAAGAGUGUCCUGACACCUUCUCCUGCCAAAAAGGAAAGCUUGUAAGGUUAGGUAUCACACUUUGUAAUUGUUCAUAUUCAUUGAUGUUGGAGCUCUUUGAGUUGUACAUUGUAAAUCCGUGGUGUAGGUAUGCCCUUGAUAAAUACAGGUUACUGUUUGGAGUCUGGGUGGCCAGUUCAUGUUGGCCACAGUUAGAGAUGAUGAACACAACAAUUAUAUGAAUGUGGGUGUGAAUACAGUGAUACACAAUGAGAUCUACCUUUUGCUACCUCUGGUAACAUUGGUCAACUUAUGCACAGUUGGAAAGAUUGUUUCCAAAGCAUUGAUCUAAAUAUCCAUGUUAUACAAACCAAUGUACAUGUAUCCCUUAGGAUUCAAUGGCACUGUGCACACUAGCAGUACUUCCCCUAGAUAAUACAACACAGGUAGAUAAUGGAGAGAUGUAUGUCGACAUCCUCCUGUUUGCUGGUGGAAUAGCACAGGUAACCAAAUCUGACCAGGUAUGGGAAAUUCAGAGCUGUUUAGCAUCGACUGUGACAAGGCAGUUUGUUUACAAAAGAGAAAUCAAUUGAAAAGCUUCAAUCUGGUUGCACCAACAUUUGUCUGUGACUUUAAUACGAUGAAGCUGUGCAAGACUAUUUGAAAGGUUACCUGGGGGAAAAAAAUUAAUGCUGAGCACUUAAUCAGAUAAAUCAGUCUUUAGGUAUUGUGGUCAGUUGAAAGUGUGACCUGUUUGAGGUUUUCUACGUAACUUGAUGCGUCUUUGAAUGUUAUUGAAAGUUGGGCGGAGCUUACAGUAUUGUUUUGUUGGGGUUGGAAUUUUGCUAGAGACAGCUGUACAGUUGUGAUAUUUUAAGCAAGAUGGCAUGGGUUUUGUGUCUAGGGGUGGUACUGCAUUACAGGGAUUGGAAAGUAUCCAUGUUGAAGUUCUUUACCAGUCAUCAAAAGCCAAAACAAUUUCAAAAGAGGGGCUUGGCAUCUUAACUCAAAAUAUUUUUAAAAAGAAAACUGGUUUGAGUUUCGACUUCACUGUGCUCAGGUUGAAAGUAGGAUUGAUUUUUGAUUGUGAGGUGUACUCAUACAUUGCACUGAUCAACAAAACUUGAAUUUGGAUUUAUUGUUUUGAAUAUCAUUUGUUUACCAGAAAAUGAUAUCCCAAGAAAGAAACACUUGAAUUCAAAUUUUUCAAAGCGAUUCUUCGGUAAAUUAUUUUUCUAGGUUCUGUCUUCAAAUGAGUCAUUAGAAUAUUGGCUGCUUUUCAUUUGAAUAUGAGUGCUAAGAAAUGAUCAUGAAUAAUUACAUUGAGAGUGCAUACUUGUAAUUAAAUAAAUUCAAAAACAA